AUGGCCACGGGUUCCGAUCGUGAUGCCGCAUCCCAGGCCCCGCUGCUUCGACGCGAAGAUGGUGACGGGAACGGCAGGAGCGGUCGAGCCGGCAUGAUCCCCGCCCACCCGCCCCGCCGAUGCACCGGCGCGGACCCGAGCCCGUCGACCCCGCUGCUGGGCUUCAAGAACGCCGAAAUUGGCAAAACAGCGCUGGGAAAGAUCUCCGGCAAUGUCGUGGCGCUGUGCUGCGCGGUGGUGUUCCUGUGCUACGUGGACAGGGCCUACGUGGGGCUUUCAGCGAGGCAGCUGCUGGCGGACAGGGGCUGGGACCAGGGCGUGUACGGCGCGUCCGUCUCGGCCUUCUUCCUGGGCUACGUGGUCUUUCAAAUCCCGUCGGCGCUGCUGAUGCAGCGGCUGGGGACGCCGGCAGUUCUGGGCGCGUCGCUGUGCGCAUGGGGCCUGGCGGCGGCAGGGACGGCAUUUGCGAGAACUCCAGGGCAGUUUUACGCGGCGAGGCUGCUGCUCGGGGUGGCCGAAUCGGGCACCUUCCCCGGUGUGUGGUACUACCUCGGGCUGUUCUUGCCGCGGGACAGGAUCACGGUGUCGAUGGCGGCGGUGGACGUCUCGCUCGUGGCCUCCCAGGUGCUGUCCCCGCUGGCGGCUGCGGGGCUGAUGGGAAUGGACGGGAUGCUUGGAAUGGCCGGCUGGCAGUGGCUGUUUGUCAGCGAGGUGAUCCCCACGCUCGCCCUCGGGGGAUGGUUCUGGUAUCGGAUGCCUAAGGGGCCGUCGCUUGCGCGGUUUUUGAGCCGGGAGGAGGCGGAAUGGGUGGCGGAGGAGGUGGGGGGUGCGGAGGCGGCGUCUGCGGAGGGGCGGCCGGCGUUCGACCAGCUGUACGACGCCGUGGCCAGCCCGCGGCUGUGGGGAUGCGCGGUGAUCUACUUCCUGCGGCUGAUGGCAAUGUACGUGAUGCUCUUCUGGUCCGUCCUGCUCAUCUCCGCCAUGCGCUCCGGCCGCGGGCUGCGCCCUCCCCUCCCCCAAGAUCCCUCCUCCAGCCAUUCCAACUCGGCCGCCAUCCUCCUGGCCACCGUGCCCUACGCCGCCGCCGCAGCAGCCACCCUCAUCAACGGCUGGCAUUCCCAGGCCACCCGCGAGCGCACCCUCCACAUCGCCCUCCCCUUCAUGCUCGGCGGAGCAAUCUUUGGCGCCCUGCCAAUCUUCGGCGGCUCCCAUCUCGCCCUGGGGCUCGCAGCAUUGACGAUCGGCGCCGCCGGCGCCGUCAGCGGCGGGUCCAUCCUCACCACAAUCGCUUCCGCCACCCUGCCCGUGGGAUCGAAGGCGUUCGGCCUGGGGCUCUUCAACUCGGUGGCCAACCUGGGAGGCAUCGUGGGCCCCAUUGCCACAGGGGUGAUGGUGGAGCGUUGGGGGUCUUACAAUGAGGCGAUUUGGGCGAUGGCGGCGGCGCUGUUCGCCGGGGGAGUCUUGGCCCUGUUCCUUGGGGACCCGCUGGCGCCCGGGGGCCCCAAGGGGUGCGCGGGGGGAGGGGAGGAGGAAGACGAGCUGCACGUGUAG